UCUCUUCUCUCUCUCUCUCUCUCUCUCUCUCUAGACAAUCACAGCAUCACAGUAUCAUAGCCAUGGCUGAUAACCCCCAACAGGUUCAGUUGCGCCAACAGCCACAGCAACUCACAGAGAGCAUGAAGGACAUGUAUCAGGAGAAAGGCCCUACAACCUCCCAAGUAGUGGCUGUGGUCACCCUCUUUCCCAUAGGUGGUAUCCUUCUCACCCUUGCUGGUUUCAUCUUGACCAUCACCAUCGUCGGAUUGGCGUUGACGACGCCGCUCUUCGUGAUCUUCAGCCCAGUUUUGGUGCCAGCAGCCAUAGUUAUUGGGUUAGCUGUGAUGGGUUUUCUUACUUCGGGUGCUUUUGGGAUCACAGCACUGUCAUCACUGUCAUGGAUCAUCAACUACUUGCGUGGACCUAGUGAAAAGAUGCCUGAGCAUCUGGAUUACACGAAGCGGCGCUUGCAGGAAACGGCAGGCCAAGUGGGCCAGAGGACUAAGGACGUGGGUCAAGGAAAUAGGGGCCAGGAAGGAGGGAGGACGUAAUGGACUUAUCUGAACGGUUGGAUAUGGGUGAUGGCACAAAUGGGGUUCGUUUUGAACGGUGGAUAGGGCUUAUGUGAUGCAUGCAUAUGAAGGUUAUGUAGUACGUUAUUAGUAGUAGCUAGGGCUUGUUAUCGUUUGUUACCAUGUAGAGGGUUAUUGUUAUCUCCCUCUCUCUCUCUCUCUCUCUCUCUCUCAAGAGAUCCAUAAUAAACGUAAUAGUACUAUAUAUAUAUAUAUAUAUAUAUAUAGUGGGGUAUGUGGUAGUAGUAUCAUGCAAGUACGUACCAAUGUUAAGGGGGUCUCUGUUAUCGUUUGUUACCAUGUAGAGGGUUAUUGUUCUCUCUCUCAACUUCAUCUGCCAUUGUAUCUAUGUGGAUGCUUAAAAAUAAAUAAGAACAAUCUUUACUUUUUGGAA